UCCGGAUUUGGCUAGCACCUUACCAAAAACCCUUUGUACGCGGGCGGGCAGACGAGUAAAGCGCAGAAGUCGGAGCCCUCCGCUGGGUAGACCUCUGGCGCCAUGCGGUACCUACCGUGCCUGUUGCUUUGGGUGUUCCCACAGGUCUGGGGACAAUUUGAGGUUCAGCAAAAGAAUUAUACCUUCCGCUGCAUGCAGAUCUCUUCCUUCGUCAACAGCAGCUGCUCAACCACAGACGCCUCGGCCUGGCUGGAGGAUCUGCAGACGCACCGGUGGAGUAAUGCCUCCGACACUAUCAGCUUCUUGAGGCCGUGGUCCCAGGGCAGACUUAGUAACGAGCAGUGGCAGAAGUUGCAGCACCUGUUGCAAGUUUAUCGAUUCAGCUUUACCAGGGACAUACAGGAGUUAGUCAAAAUGGUGCCUAAAGCACACUAUCCCAUUGAGUUCCAGUUGUCUGCUGGCUGUGAAGUGUACCCUAUGAAUGCUUCGGAAAGCUUUCUCCACGUAGCCUUUCAAGGAGAAUAUAUCCUGAGUUUCCAGGGAACUUCCUGGCAGAAGGCCCCAGAGGCCCCAGCUUGGCUAGAGCUCCCCAUCAGAGUGAUCAACAGUGAUCUAGGGACGAGGGAAACGGUGCAGCUGCUCCUGAACGACACCUGCCCCCAGUUUGCCCGUGGCCUCUUGGAGGCAGGGAAGUCAGAACUAGAGAAACAAGAGAAGCCUGUGGCCUGGUUGUCUAGUGGCCUCAGCCCUACACACGGUCAUCAGCAGCUGGUAUGUCAUGUCUCCGGCUUCUACCCAAAGCCUGUGUGGGUGAUGUGGAUGCGGGGUGACCAGGAGCAACAGAGUACUCACACAGGUGACGUCCUGCCCAACGCUGAUGGGACGUGGUAUCUCCAAGCAACCCUGGAUGUGGAGGCCAGAGAGGUGACUGGCCUGGCCUGCAGGGUGAAACACAGCAGUCUAGGAGGGCAGGACAUCAUACUCUUUUGGGGUAAGAAGGAAAACAACAACAGUGGCAAACAAUUAUCUACGGACUUGGUGAUCUGUAUCGUCGUAAUAGCAGUUGUGGCCUGUGUUGUCGCCAUAGUCUACCUUAAGAGGAAGCGCUGCUUCUAUCAAGGCAUCCUGUGA